AUCUGUCUGAUUUCUUUGAAUGUGUUUUAUAAUUACGAUUGUGGACACCGACAAAGAAAACCCGUUCUCGCGAUUGUUCUUUUUAAAUUUCUUUAAUACCCGUUUUUAAAACAUUAACAGACUCUCCGUACUGCUAGCUAAUUCGUGUCAUUCGUUCAGCUCCACGUCUUCCUGGAUCAGCUGAGUGCGCAUGCGCAGUACAUACAGUACUGCAGCACAGUUUGCUCUGCUGUGACGUUCAUUAGAGGCAAGUCCGAACAAAUAUCUCCCUACGUGUAAUAAAUAUUAGGCACAUCAACUUAUAAAGGAGCUGAUUCAACUCAUUUACGCAGCGCAGGAGAACAUUUUAUGCCUGGUGACAGAGAAAAUUGAAAUGCAGCGUGAACUGUGAUUAUUUUCGCAUCUCAUCCUUAUUGUUUUUACCUGACCUGUCAAAGUGAAACUCUUCAGUGGACGGAUGAUGAAGAGGAUGCAUGCCGAGGAUGAACUGACUAAAGCAGCCGCCACUGGGAACACUUGCCGUGUUCAGCUUUUACUUUCUAACGGAGCGAAUGUCAACAGUGUUAACAGAUUCGGGAGAACCCCUAUACAGGUGAUGAUGAUGGGUAACACACCAUUGGCUCACCUGCUGCUGAAAUAUGGAGCGGAUCCUAAUCUGCCUGAUCCCGGGACAGGAAGCACUCCUUUGCACGAUGCUGCCAGAACCGGAUUCAUGGACACUGUGCAGCUUUUAAUCCGCUUUAAUGCAGAUCCCAAUGCAACAGAUCACAACAAUUUACGACCAGUGGAUGUGGCACGGCAGACUGACCAUGUGGACGUGGUUGAAUUUCUUAGUCGUUUUUAAACACUAAAGUUUUUUUUUUUUUUUCUUUCAUAAAAUUUAUCACAAAUGGCAGACCUAUUUAGGUAGCUUAUUUUAAAAAGUAAACGAAUGAGCGCAGUUAGUUAAUGCACUUUGUGUAAUAGGCUAUAAUGUUUUUCUGUGGAUGUAUAGCCUAUUUGGAGUUUAAACAUUUUAAGUAUAUAUUUUAUGUUUUUUUGUAUUUUAUGAAUUUUUAGUUCUUCAUUUUUUUUUCAUUUUUGAAUAGGCUAGGCUAGCCUACACAUAGCAGCAUCUACGCAUUAUGUUUGCUAAAAACUACGGAAAGAAUCACAAACUUCAGUCUGAAACAUUAACGACAUGGCGUAGUGAUACAAAUUAUUUACUAUAGCCUAUCCAAAAUAUUUGUUCUUAAUUUAGGCAUGGUGAAUGAUGUAGCUAAAUGGAGUCAAAUCGAUGAAAUAUAACGAAAUCAAGUCGUCCGUUUUGUGAGCCUGUGCUCACAAUGCAAUAAUAGCAUGAGAUUUAUGUACAUUUUGGUGAGCCAUUUUCUCAGUUCUCUCUCCCACUCCCUCUUUUUUUUUUUUUUUUUUUUGUGUACAGAUAGUUUCGUUAGAACUAUGUUGUUUUUUUAAUUAGCUUGAAUAAAACCAUAUAGUUUUACUCCACCA